AUGGCAGCUGCAAGGGAUUGUUCAAGUAAGAUCAGACUUUUCUGUUGUGAAAAACUGAAGUCCUGGGUGGAAGAAUAUCCAGAAAUUUUUGUCUCUGGUGAAUAUCUGGAAAUAAUUUAUGUUUUGAUGCAUGAUUCUCUGAAGAGUAUUAGAAUGUGCAGUUUAAAGAUUAUGGAAUCAGUUAUUUCAACAGGAGAACCAAAGCAGGAAACACAACAUUUUCUCUCGCAUAGUAAAGCAAGACUUAUUGCAAUGACACUAGAUGUUUCUCCUGAGAUAGCAGUCCAGGCUAUCAGAGUUCUUGCUGUAGUAGACGAAUUUUAUCAGUCAGUGUUAAAUGAAAAAGACAAAGAACAACUUUUCUUUCUGGUGUUCUCGGAGCACAAGCCUGUGGCACAGGAAGCAGCAGGCUAUGUAUUGAAAGUAUCGAGAGUGAUAAUGGAAGAAGAUGGCUCAAGUUUACUGGAAAACAUUGCUUGCUUCUUCAUGGAAUGUAAAUUUCAUGGAUAUGAAACACUGUAUGUGGACUCACUUUGGGGCAUAUGUCAAGAACUAUGUGACUGGAAGGAAUUCAUAGAAUGUUUUUUGCGGCAAAAAGGUACAGACACAAAGUCUGCAUUUUUGAGGAUCAUGGUGAGCUGUAUUCAUAGAGCUGUGACAGGCGAAACACCUAGAUGUAAGGGAAAGAAAACAUUCCAGCAGACUGUUAUGACUAUUGAGAGAUCAAAAUCUAAAAUGAAAGAGGAAGAGAGGAAGGCAAUAACUGAAGUAUUUAUGGAUUAUCUCCCUGAGAUUAUAAAACAAAAUAUGAAAGAGGAAAUCAUCUUGAUAGAUUGUCUCAAAAUACCAUUAUAUAUGCAGACUGAUGUAUAUGGAUACAACAUUAACCAGAAGCCACUUGAAGAACUUUUGGAUGCCUUAAAAGAAGUUGUCCUCUUUACAAAUGAUGACAGUGUUCUAAACAGCAUUACAAAAGUAUAUGAUCUGUUCAGUUCCCCUGAAGUAGCAACUUUUAACACAACUUCUAUGAGAUGUGGAAUGUUGAUGGGUACUGUAAUAGAUGCCACCAAAAAAGCAAUGGAAAAUUUUCAACACAUUGUGCAGGAAUCUAUGCCACCUGUUGCUGUUACCUAUGAAACUGAAAAAUGGACAAAAAAAGUGUCUUAUCUCAGCAAGUGUAUUGAUAUUAGAAGUUAUGACAUACUUAAUGAAAUGUUACAAUUUAUUGCUGCUGACAUUUCAGGAAGCUUUCCAGUUCCUGAUGAGGUUAUGUGCUAUAUGCUUCAGAGUUGCUUUAAUGGGAUUAAGAUGAGUGUGGAAAAAUCUUCUGAACCAGAUAAAAACAGCGAAAGUUUUAAAAACCUGAUAAAUGAUUUGCAGAAAUUUAUUCAACUUUUGACAGCUCUUAUGUCAUCUGAUAGUAAAACUCCAACUCAAAAAGAGGCCUUCAACAUCUUUUGUGAGCUUGUCUACUUUCUACAAGUGUUUUGUAGAAACUAUCCCAAUCUUUCUACCUUGCUGUAUAGACCUGAUGGAUAUGUGGAGGACAGAUUAAUGUAUAUUUUAAAUGAAUGGGUUUUUGUUCUGCCAGAAGAAUCAGUAAGUGAGACGACAUUGGACGAACGUAAAAGGAUGUUGAAAGGGUACUGGAGUUUGAUAUCUUGCUGGACUUUACCCAUUGAGUCUGCAGAAUUCAUAUUCAAGCACUACGCACAGGUAUCUGCAUUAUAA